AUGUAUGCAAUGGGAAUCACCGGUGGUUGUUCUGAUGGAACCAAGGCUGCACCGUAUUGUUUGAACUCAACACACGGUAGCAGCACUACUUUGAUUGCAGAGGACAAUGCCCAAUUAGAUCUUUUACCUAGAGUUGAACAAUUUAUUGGCGACUUGUUCAUGCAACAAUGUACUCUCUUUUAUGGAUGUAAUCUUCGAGUUUCUGAAAUCCUGAAUGUCCCAUCCUUUGCUUCGACAUCACCUUUUACCCAACCCAAUGGUGUUUCCUACGGUGGUAGUCUUGUUUUGACUCGUGACCAGUUUGUCAAUGCGCCACAUAACGACAAGGACUUGACCGACUACGCUGUUGGUCUCUUUGGGACUGUCGAUCGAAACACUGGAAUUCCCAUCCAUCUUCCUGAAGGAGUACCUCACCGGGUGAUUAUUCGAAAUUCUCAUAUGCGAUUCCCACAGUACAAUGCAGAGAUAGUGUUAGGACAACCAAAUAUUAUUGUACUUUUGACCUGGAAUGUCAGAGUGAAACACCACACCCUACGCUCAACAACUCACUUCCAAGAUGGUACGAUCACCGAUCCUAAAACUGCGAAAGUCACUCAAAUUGGCUCUUUGAUUCAAGUGAACAAAAAAUUAGCUGACCAGAUGCGUGAUUUUUAUGUCCCAAGGGACAAUGAGGAGUUUGCGGUAAUAUCACCUAAAUACUCUUCAUCACAGGAGGAGUAUAGUAGGAAGCAAGCCGGAGCAAGAAAGUAG